AUCAGCACACAGGCGGGUGUGAACUUUGUGCUCCGUCCAUGCAGGACAACAACAGGCAGAGUAUAAAAGGGGGGAGGCGGAGGAAGAGGCUUGUUUUUGUUCAAGGAGCUGCAUCGAAGCAGAGCUGCAACAAGAGAGGGAAACUUUUUAAGCGAACGGAGCGAGGAGGUGCCCCAGAAAUGUGGGCGGGCCUCAGUCUGCUCCUCGCCCUCUGCCUGCUCCAUGGGGGCCGUGCAGAGAGCGAGGGUGGCGGACCUCGCUGCCAGCCGGCGGCGGCCUGGAAGAUAGGGGAGGUGGACCCGAUGAAGGAGUCGACGGGUCGGGUGACUGUGGUGGCUCUCCUGCAGGCCAGCUGACUGUUCUGCCUGGUGCAGGCCUCCAAAUUGGAUGGUCUGCACAAGAAGCUGCAGGGUCAGGGGCUGACGGAUGUGGUGUUCAUGGUGGUCAACCACCAGGGGGAGCAAGCACAGCGUCUGCACCCUUUGCUGCAAGAGCGACUUUCCCAGGACAUUGCAUUGUACAAACAGCACAAACAUCAACCGGAUGUCUGGCAAAUUCUGAACGGAGAGAAAGACGACUUUUUCAUCUAUGACAGAUGUGGCAGACUCACUCACCACCUUUCACUUCCAUACAACAUCAUUGGACACGGCCACGUCGAGCGAGCAAUCAGAGAGGCCUACUGCAAUCGCAUGUGUGGAGAGUGCGCUUUUGAGAGUGCUGACGUUCCACCUGAGUGUCAAAGAAAAGAGGAGACACAACCUGAAACAGAUGUUGCUGAAGCUGGCGGGGAGGAGCAUCAACAUCAGCAUCCUCAUCACGGCCAUCGUGGUCACCACGGCGAUAACCAUGGUCUUCGUCCUCGUGGCUUCGGCCACGACCACGACCGCAGACAUGGUCAUCACCAUAGACACCACCACCACCAUGGUGGAGGUCAAACCCAGCAGGACAUCAGCCUGCAGGAACACCAGCAUCACUUGCAGCAACCGGUGCAGUUAGAGCAGAUUGGACAGGAGGUCGUUGGGGCGCCGGUCAGACCCUGAGUCCAAGAAACGGCCAGGUGAAAAUCAAAGUUCAGCUGACAGGUGACCUCUGAAAACGAGGCCAGCUGAUGCUGACACUGACGCAAGCUGUUUGGCGACACAGGAAGCGAGCAGUCGCUCGGUCUCUGACACUGUAACGAGGCGCUGCCCGCCUCCUGACAGUGACAGGGACUGACAGGCGAGCCGGCCAAUAUUGUCAUUGAGAGCUGACAGUGACGCUCGCCUCCCGCUGCCUGACAGCCAGCCCCAUGAGCCUGAGCCCCCGGAGCUGCGAGCUGAGGGUGAGAGCUGUAAGCUGGGACUCACAUCAGCAGCAGCGCCGAGGCUCACAGCUCUCUUUACCAACAAGUAUUACCCGGGAGACAGGCGGCGUUCCUGACAGACAAACCAGAACGGGAGGAGUCUGACCAUCUUUUCAACCUUUUGAUGGUUUGUCUGCAGGUUGCUCUGCUUCUCUCAGGAGUGGAUAUGAUCAUCAUGUUCAGAAAUGACCUUCUCCGCUCCAAUCUCUUCCUUCCUUUAUGAAACCAGAUGCAGAAACUAUGCAGUAGUGGCGUCUGUAUGAUGUCAGGCAGGAGAGACAGGAGGAGGUCAUUUGGGAACAUGAGGACAUUUUUUCUUUAAAUUGAGAGUGAAACACCUUUAACUUCUCAAAAAAAAUGAAAGAAAAAGUAAAUGCUUUUUUAUUGUAACAUCAAUUUUUGGCGAAAACCUAAAAACACCAGAACAUCACUGAGAAAACAAACACUUUAUGUUUUUAUCUUUAAGCUGUUCUUUUUUUUUUAUUAUUUUAGUUCUUAAAAACUUUUUUUUUACAUCACCAGCUUUGAAAUGUAUCAGCUUCAUUUUUCCACAUGCAAAAUCUUUCUAGGUUGCAAUAAAAACCACUUUUAAUCAGAUUUUGUUUUAUAAAAGGGUUGAAAUGCUGUGAAGGAAUGGAGAGAAAAGCUGAAGUGCUGGAAUGGAUUCUGUACUUUAUGAUGGUUUCUGUGGAAAGAUGAUCCCGCCCUGAAAACCUGAUGUUUGUACGGAAUAUUGUAUUGAGGACGAAGGUCAUGGAAAGUGGAAUAAAGACGGAUUCAUUUCUCUUAA